UGCUUUCACUUCGGUCGCAUUAAAGUUGAAGUUCCGUUGCCAACUACAGAAGAUAAAUCCUUGUCGCAAUAGUGAAAGUUGUAUUCAUGUGUCUGUUGUCAGUUUGGCGGCAAAACUCAGCUGUGACAGAUUGCAUUUUGAAUUUAUUAUUAUUUUUUUAAUUCCUUCAUUGUGUUGUGACAAUGGCUCUGCGCUAAUUUAAUUGAUUUGUUGCCAUAUUAGUGUUACGAAAUAAAAAUAUGGAAAUUCGCGUGAUACUUUCCUUGUUCCUACUUUCUUUCGGAAGCUGCUCCAUCAUCAUACCUGAGGAGCUACCAUCGCUUCUAUCAGUGGCUUACUCCAACAUACCACCUAUAAAAAAAGGCACGGAUUCCCGUGUGGGUUUUGGCUUCGCGUUCGGCAACCAUGCUGACUUCCAGGUCAUGUUGGAGUUGGGACCUCAGACAAACACUUUACCCUUGAACGGUCAAGCGUUUCCAACAAACACGAAACGGCAAGCACCGAACCCACCAGAGAAGAAAAUUAAUAAAAACAGAGAAAAGUUCCUACAAACAGAUGCCGGCAAAUACCUCCAGAGCUGGGCCCAGCGGAUGAAAAAUCCACAACCAGUGAACAAACCGAUAAAGCCUGAAACGCCUAAUUUGGAAGACUCCAUGGUUGAAUUGGUGAAAAACGCAAAAGGGGAAUACGAGAUCCACCAGCCAAGCCCGGGGAAUAUGCCCAAAUAUGUGCUGGAUAGUUUAAAAAAGUUAUACGGGGAGAAAAGGGAAGAAGCGAAGAAGAUGGCCGGGAAGCGGGAGGAAUCAAACAGGAUAGGGGAGAAGAGGAGCGAGGAGGAAGUUAAGAAGAUCACUGAGGAUUUGUCGAAUGUAGAUUUAGAUUGAAUAAAUGGUAAAGGAUA